GGUCCUGUCUCUGGCAGGCAGUACCACACUCCUGAGGGCGGGCUCCCAAGUGUAGUCUGAAGUCUCUCUCUCUCUCUCUCUCUCUCUCUCUCUUUCCCUCCCUCCCUCCCUCCCUCCCUCCCUCUCACUCUACCUCUCUCGACCGUGUUUUCUGUUUGUUUUCCGUACUCCCUCCUCUCUCCCAGGACCGGCUCAGUGUUUAUUUUGCUCACAGCCAUGGCUGAGCCCAGCUCUUCAGACUACUUUAGCUGUCCGCUAUGUGUGAGCCUGCUGAGGGACCCGGUGGCCAUCCCCUGUGGCCACAGCUUCUGCAUGGACUGCAUCAGCGGCUACUGGAACGAUGCAGACUACACGGGGAUCUACAUUUGUCCCCAGUGCAAGAUCACCUUCACCCAGAGGCCCGUGCUGAGGCCAAACGCCACGCUGACCCUGGUGGCCGAGAAGAUCAAGAAGAGCGGCCUCAACCUCAACAACGGAAACGUCCACAGCCCCGCCGCCGCCGCCGCUGCCGCUCCCAGCCCCGCCGCCAACAGCUACGCCGGGCCGGCCGACGUCCCCUGUGACUUCUGCUCCGGGAAGAAACUCAAGGCGGUCAAGUCCUGCCUGAACUGCCUGGCGUCGUACUGCGAGAAGCACCUGAAGCCCCACUACGAGUCGGCCACCUUCAAGAGGCACAAGCUGGUGGACGAGCUGGGGAACCUGGACAGGAAGAUCUGCCCCCAGCACCAGAAGUCCCUGGAGCUCUUCUGCCGGACGGAUCAGAUGUGCAUCUGUGCCAUCUGCACCGUCAGCGAGCACCGGGGCCAUGACAUCGUCUCGGCCGAGGCGGAGCGCAGCGAGAAACAGAAACUGCUGGGAGUCUCUCAGGCCGAGAUCAAACAAAAGUGCCAGGAGAGGAUGAAGGAGCUGGAUGAGUUAAGGACCUCCGUGGACUCCCUGAAGAGCUCCGCCCAGAGAGCUAUGGUGGAGAGUCAGAAGAUGUUCGAAGAAAUGAUUCGCUCCAUCGAGAGGAUGAGGACAGAGGUCACCAAGUUGAUUGGCAUCAAUGAGAAGGCCGCCUUCAACCAGUCCGAGGCCCUGGUGGAACGCCUGGAGCAGGAGAUCGACGAGCUCAAGAAGAAGGAGGCGGGGCUAAAGCAGCUCUACAGCACUGAGGACCACAUUCAUUUCCUGCAGAACUUCAACUACCUCUGCACGCCGACGGACGACGGCUUCAUCCCCCGUGUGACGGUGAACCCAGACUUCUCCUUCGCCACCGCCAGGAAGGCCGUGUCUGAGAUCAAAGAGCGGCUGGAGGAGUACGGCCGAGAGGAGCUCCUCAAGAUCUCCAAGUCAGUGAACGAGGUCCCAGUCUACACACAGGUUCCAACCUACACAACGGAGACCUUACAAACAAACCGCAGUGAGAGAACAUUGGACAGAAGAAGCAGAGGCAAAGAAAUAAUGACAGUGGACAGUGCUCCCCCACCAGAGCCCAAAACCAGGGCAGACUUUCUCAAAUACUUCUGCCAGCUGAAGCUGGACCCCAACACGGCCUACAGGGAGCUGCAUCUCUCCGACAGCAACAAGAAGGUGAUCCGCACGCGGGACCUGCAGCCAUACAGCGACACCUCGGAGCGCUUCGACAGCUUCGCCCAGGUGCUGUGCCGAGAGGCCCUGUCCGGUGGCCGCUUCUACUGGGAGAUCGAGUGGAGCGGGGAGUUCUCCAUCGGCGUGGCCUACAAGGGCAUCAGCCGCAAGGGCAAGGGCUCGCUCUGCCUGCUGGGCUAUAACGACAAGUCUUGGAGCUUGCUCUGCUCCGACACGGGUUACUCCGCCUGGCACAAUCGGGUGGACAAGAACGUGUCCGGCCCGCAUUCGCCACGGAUAGGGGUGUAUCUGGACCACACCGCGGGGGUCCUGGCCUUCUACAGCAUCAGCGGCAGCAUGAGCCUGCUGCAUAGGUUCGAGACCCGCUUUGGCGAGCCUCUGUACCCUGGCUUCGGGGUUGGCACAUCGGUCAAGAUCUGUCAGCUGAAGUGACCUCACGUCCCUGAACAGUCUCGUUACGUGGCCUGUGUUUAUGAUAGAAUGUAAUGUACCAAGCAAAUGCCUUUUGUCUACUUUUUCAGCCGUUUUAAACUGUACUUCAGUUUAGAGUUGCGAUGGAAUUGCACAUAUUUCACAAGCUGAAAUAUUAGGCGUAUUACAGCAUGCUAUUGUAUAUAUUCCUACACCUAAGCAAUUAUUUUUUUGCAUUUUGAUGCAAUUUGUAUUACUGCAACACAUGCAAAAUAUAUUCACAACUGUACUCGGCAAGUUUAUGAAGUGUUAGUCUAUUUUUUUGCCUCCACCUUUUAUUUAAAGUACUGUAAUGGUAUAGAUAACCACUCAUUUAUAUGACAGGAUAUUCAUUUAUAAUGGUCAAUUUGUCAAUAAAGUGCUAUAUAAUUUUAUUAUUUAUUGGAAUUUAAUUUGAACAAAAGAAGCCAAUGUGGCUGUGCGACGGUGAGAGCGAUAUCUUGAGAUUAGGCUGUUUCUUUGAAAUUAAACCAAAUUGUGUAAAAAGGACCAGCAUGACGCCCGUGGAAUUAGAGAAAAAAAUGUU